AUGCAGGGCGUUGUCUCCUUCGACGAACUCUGCAAUAUCGCAAAGAAGGACCUCGUGGUGGUCGUGGCGUCCGAAGAGCACAAGCAGGAGCAGCUGAAGGAGAUCGUCACGGAGAGCGACCCCGAGUUCUACCUCAUCGCGCGGAAGGAUCCUCGCGCCGGGCACAAGGCCCUCUGUUACAAGCUCCCGCACCGCUCCGGGGAACGCAAGCGCGGCUGCGAGAUCCACGUCCUCGCUACCGGCAUGCUCAACAUCCCCGAGGUGCCCAAGGACCGCGUCGAGACCCUCCGCGGCAUGCCUGUGAUGCCCCUCCCCAUCCUCAUGUUCAUGAAGCUGCAGACAUGGUCUGACCGCCGCGUCUCUGUCCAAUCAUACAUGAAGUCGAGGCAGCACGACGAAGACGUCAAGGACAUCCGCGAACUGUUGGCUAUCAUACGCGGACGCGGCGGGGAUCUGAGCACGAAGGGGCUGCUGGAGUGGCUGCCUUUGACUGCUGUCUACGCGGCGCUGGGCAGGAUGACCGAGUUCGCCCAUAAUUUCCCUGACACGGAGACAAACUGGAGGGUUGUUGGGGCUAUGAAGUGA